AUGGCUCAGUUGGCACCACCGCCACCAGUGGGUGACACAGUAGCACCCCCUAAUCAGAAUAUUCCUCCGAUUACCGGACUUCCACCUAAUGGGGCACGACCCAAUGAGGCUCAGCCGAAUGAGGUUCAGCAACAACGGAGGGCAAGAUCCGAGGCUGCGGCUUCAGGCAACGUCCCUCGUCGCACACAGGAUGAACAAGUCGAAUCCAGCUAUAAGCUCACGAUGUGGUCCAAUGGAUUCCCAGAUGGUGUAGGUGUUCAGGAUGCCUUUGAUGAGAAAAGACUCCUGAAGAUUCAGACACCUGCGGAGAUGGCUAAAGAACACAAAAAUUCCUUGGUUAAAACUCCUUUUACUGACGAUGUGUAUCUGGUUGAGAGGCCCAAGAAAUUUACCAUGCCUUCUUUCACCCAGUUUGAUGGAACGGGGGAUCCUUCUCGGCACCUAUAUCAUUACGCUCAAAAGAUGGCUUUGGAUGAUCGUAAUGACCCUUGGAUGUGCAGAGUUUUUCUUACCAGCUUGACAGGAUAUUGCGAAAAUAAGAAGCAAAAGAAGAGCAUUGCCAGCUUCUUCACUGUAAGGCAAAAGAAGGGGGAAACAUUGCAGGAUUUCUUAUCAAGAUUCAACAUGGAAGCCUCAGAAAUAUCAGAUUGUCAUCCCGCGACUGCUAUAGAGACAUUUAAACUUGCGGUGAUUCAGGGGACGAAGUUCCACACUUCCUUGGUCAAAUAUUCUCCUCCCGACAUGCAGACUUUCAAUGCCAGGGCCCAGAUCUACAUUCGGCUCGAGGAACAUAUAGCCCACCGAGUGCAGCACGCCACCCUCAUAACGGUGGAGAACAAGCCUCGAGAAAGAAUUCCAACUUCAAAGAUUCAGAAAAGCCAACGUUCCUCAACGCCGAUCACCCAGGCACCUGAGAAGAGGCAAAGGGUAGAGGAAGGAUUUACACCCCUCCAAACUACCUUGGCUCGGCUCUUCCAAGAGAAUAAGAUGAAGUUCACAACUCCGCAGCCAAUAAAACAACCCCUGGAGCAAAGGGACAAAAGCAAACAUUGCGUUUAUCAUCGAGAUUUUGGGCAUUCAACCAAUGAUUGCAGAUCCCUUAGGCGACAGGUGGAGAAUAUGAUCGCCAGAGGUGAGUUGGCAGAUUACCUCAUAACAAAAAAGUAUGCAAAGCCCCGCGAGGUCUACCCCCGUAAAGUGGAAGGUACGCAGCAAGUAAAAGUCAUUCAUGCAAUACAUGGCAGGUUUGAAGAUGAUCAAGAAUCCGAGGGGGUCUACAGGUCCAGAUUGAGGGCAGCCCACAAGCUCAGGAAGAUAUCCUCGAUCAAUGUUAUCGCUUCGGAUAGCAUCAGUAUAGGAUUCGGAGAUGGCGACCUAUCUAGAGUUCAACUCCCCCACAAGGAUCUAUUGGUCAUCAGUCUUUUAGUAGCCAAUUGUAUGAUCAAGAGGGUUUUGAUAGAUCCAGGAAGUAGCGCCAACAUUAUCAUAAAGACGGUCUUUGAGCAGCUAGAGAUCCCGUCAUCAUCUAUUCGACCUACCUCCAGCCCGUUGAUGGGAUUCGAUGGCAUAAGAGUAAAUCCCUGA